GCUCACUAAACUUUAUAUGGUGUACUUGCCGGCCGUCUACCGAUGGUUGACAUAGGCGGGCUUAGCGAGGAGCUGCAGCGAUGCAGCUCGGAGCUGCAGCAGAUCGUUGGCAGGGCCGACUGGCUGCUGGAUCCCAAGAGCACUGAAGCUCAGCGUGCAGCUGAGGCGGCUCGGGGCUUCGUGAAGCUCUUCUUCGACACCUGUCAGGCUCAGAGCCGGGUGAAGACCGGGCUAGAGCACUUGGUGGUGGAAGGCUUCGAACACGAGCAGAUCUGGGAGGAGCUUGAGGUGCAGAACGUGCCUUUGCGGCUCAAAUUGCGCAAGCGUCUUACAAAGCUCAGCGCCCAGGCUGACAUUGACCUCUCCGUCUCAGUUCCGCAAGUGGAUGCGGAUGAGAAGGAGGAUGAAGUCCUAGAGCCAAAGGAACUCAAGCGGAAGGCCAAAAAGCCAAAGGCUCCGCCAGGCGAUGGCUCAGAGGAGGCUACACCUUCGAAGUUGAAGGACAAGGCAGCGAAGCCGGCGGAGGCAGAGGCGGAGGCGGAGGCGGAGGAGGCUGACGAGAAAGCACCUGAGGACUUCUUCAGCAUGGAGGACAUGGAGAAGUUUACCAGCAUGGCGGAUGAUGGCAAGAUGAGGUUAGACGAGGAUGCAGAGGAAAGCGACUUCGACCUUCUUGAGGCUGGAGAUGAUGAUGACGAGGCCGGCAAGAUCACCUUCAACGACUUCUUCGGAGGCAAUGAGCCGGAGAAGGUGCAGGCGCAUGACAAGCAACCCCUGGAGGAGGAGGAGACCAAUGACGGAGACGAGGAGGCAGCAUCAGAGCUUGAGGACCUGGAGGAAGAGGAGCAGGCUCUUGAAGCCCAGAUCAAAGCACUGCAGGAGGGGGAAGGGGAGGAAGAGGAGGAACAAGAAGAGGAUGAAGAAGCCGAGGACGCCGUUGUCAGAGCCCGCAAAACUGCAAGCUGCCGUGACCGCGAGGUGAAGGAUGAAGGCAAGCUCUCCGCGAGCAAGGGCAAAUCCCUCUACGAGAUGGACAGGCACCUGAAAAGCUUGGAGGAGGAGGUAAAGAAGCUAGAAGAAGAACAGCUGCAAGAGAAGACCUGGGAAAUGAAGGGAGAGGUCUCUGCGCGGCAGCGGCCUUUGAAUUCCCUUCUCGAGGUUGCACUAGACCAGCCCAUGACGCACUUUGCCGCCCGCAGAGCUGAGGAGCUCGCCGGCGAGGGCGACGCAGAUGAGGAGGCGAUGGAAGACGCCCCGGGCGCGGAUGAACUUGCCAAGUCUUCCAAGCUGGACUUGGAGGCCAUCAUCAAACAGCGUGUUUGGGAUGAGUCCUUCGAUGAUGUGGUGCGCAAGACGCAGUUGCCACCCUCUCAGCGGCCUGACGAUGAGGACACCGUAGAGACCUUGAACUUCCAGAAGAGCCGAGUUGGCCUUGGCGACAUUUACGCCAAGCAGUACGAGGCGGAGUUUUUGGGCCACGCGACGGACUCUCAGAAGGCGGAAGACAAGGAGAAGGCCGAGAUCAAGGAGAUCUUCGUGAAGCUCAUGUUUAAGCUGGACCAGCUGUCAAACGCUCACUUCACGCCCCGUCCGCCUAUGCUGGGCGGGGGUGAGCAGAAGGCGCCGGCACUGAAGAUGGAGGAGACCAUCCCCCUCAUGGUCUCGGAUGCCACGCUGCAAGCGCCAGAAGAAAGGAAGGCCCCAAGGCGACACGUCAAGGAUCAUUCCGAGCUUGCCCAUGAUGAGAAAACCGCAGUGCGCCGCUCCAAGAAGGCGGCGCGGAAGAAGAGCCUGGAGCGCAAGGUUGAAGCAGGCCAGAUGUCGCUGAAAGGCCGACGAGAGCGAGAUCAGAAGCUGCAAGAGAAGAACAAGGCAGCGAAGGCUGAGAAGGCAGCGCAAGGGGAAGUGAAGGAUCCCAAGAAGCGGCUCAAGGCCUCAGAGCUCCUGCAGCAGGCGGCGGAGAACAGUAAGUCAGACAUCUCAAAGAAGGAGGAGGUGCGAAAGCAACGUGAGGCAAGGCCUGAGAACACUCCCAGCUCGAAGCGCCUAAAGCUUUGAGCCACUCGGCCUCGUGGCCUUGAGCGAGCUUUCAGCAGGGCAGUGUGGCACGGUCU